GAUUCUCUCUCUACCACCAACCAUGGCCGCCUCUUCUUUUUCUCUCUCUCAAGCCGCCACCGGAAUCUCUCGCUCCGCCACUCCCCGCCAUGGCACCACCACCCAAAACCCAUCGUCUAUCUCCACCGUCUCACUCCCAUCUUUCUCACCCCUCAAAUCCACCUCCACUCCUUCCUCGAUCCCCGUCACCCAACGCCGUGUGUCCGCCGCUCGCCGCCGUGUCAUCUCGUCGGCUGCGGUGGAGGCACUCGAGAAGACUGAUACCUCACUUGUGGAUAAAUCUGUGAACACGAUCAGAUUCUUGGCGAUUGAUGCCGUUGAGAAGGCGAAUUCCGGCCAUCCUGGUCUCCCCAUGGGUUGUGCUCCGAUGGGUCAUGUUUUAUACGAUGAAGUCAUGAGAUAUAAUCCCAAAAACCCUUAUUGGUUCAAUCGAGAUCGCUUUGUUCUCUCCGCCGGCCAUGGAUGCAUGCUCCACUAUGCCCUCCUCCACCUCGCCGGCUAUGAUAGUGUCAAAGAAGAGGAUCUUAAGCAGUUCCGGCAAUGGGGAAGCAAAACUCCCGGCCACCCGGAGAACUUUGAAACCCCCGGUAUCGAAGUCACUACUGGUCCUCUUGGUCAAGGCAUUGCCAAUGCCGUUGGUCUAGCACUUGCCGAAAAACACUUGGCUGCUCGGUUUAACAAACCAGAUGCCGAGAUCGUUGACCACUACACAUAUUGUAUCAUUGGGGAUGGUUGUCAAAUGGAGGGAAUUGCAAACGAAGCUUGUUCACUUGCCGGUCACUGGGGGCUCGGGAAACUCAUUGCGUUCUAUGACGACAACCACAUUUCCAUCGAUGGUGACACCGAGAUUGCUUUCACCGAGAGUGUCGACAAACGUUUUGAAGCCCUCGGGUGGCACAUCAUCUGGGUAAAGAACGGGAAUACGGGUUAUGAUGAAAUCCGUGCCGCGAUUCAGGAGGCGAAGUCCGUAACCGACAAACCGACUUUGAUCAAGGUGACAACAACGAUCGGAUUUGGUUCACCGAACAAAGCGAACUCAUACAGUGUCCAUGGAGCCGCUUUGGGUGCCAAAGAAGUAGAUGCAACCCGACAAAAUCUUGGAUGGCCGCACGAGCCUUUCCAUGUUCCCGAGGAUGUGAAGAAGCACUGGAGCCGUCAUACUCCCGAGGGGGCGGCUCUUGAAGCCGAGUGGAACGCGAAAUUUGCCGCAUACGAGAAGAAGUAUGCCGAAGAUGCAGCAGAGUUGAAGUCUAUUGCCGAUGGUGUUCUACCUGCUGGUUGGGAGAAAGCUCUUCCCACAUAUACGCCCGAGAUUCCCGCCGAUGCCACUCGAAACCUCUCGCAAGCAUGCCUGAACGCAUUAGCACCGGUUCUUCCCGGGCUCAUCGGUGGAAGUGCUGACCUGGCGUCUUCCAACAUGACGCUGAUGAAAAUGUUCGGUGAUUUCCAGAAGAAAACUCCAGAAGAACGUAACGUCCGGUUCGGAGUCCGCGAACACGGUAUGGGAGCCAUCUGUAACGGUAUUGCUCUACAUAGCCCCGGCUUCAUUCCUUACUGUGCUACUUUCUUCGUUUUCACCGAUUAUAUGAGAGGUGCGAUGCGCAUAUCGGCUUUAUCUGAAGCUGGGGUCAUCUACGUGAUGACCCACGACUCGAUCGGGCUGGGUGAGGACGGACCCACCCAUCAGCCCAUCGAGCAUUUAGCCAGUUUCCGGGCCAUGCCCAACAUUCUCAUGCUUCGACCCGCUGACGGAAACGAAACGGCCGGAGCAUACAAGGUCGCAGUCGAAAGCCGAAAGCGACCGUCAGUUCUCGCCCUUUCCCGACAAAAACUCCCCAACUUGCCCGGGACCUCCAUCAAAGGAGUCGCAAAAGGCGGGUACACGAUUUCCGACAAUUCCAGCGGAAACAAACCCGAUGUCAUCUUGAUCGGAACCGGUUCCGAGCUCGAAAUUGCGGAGAAAGCUGCCGAUGAACUCAGAAAGGACGGAAAAGCCGUUAGAGUUGUGUCGUUCGUAUCGUGGGAGCUUUUCGACGAACAAUCCGAUGACUACAAGGAGAGCGUUCUUCCUGCCAAAGUGACGGCUAGGGUUAGCAUCGAAGCCGGAACGACUUUUGGGUGGGAGAAAAUUGUCGGAAGUAAAGGAAAGGCUAUCGGGAUCGAUAAAUUUGGCGCAAGUGCACCAGCCGGAAAGAUAUACAAGGAAUAUGGUAUUACAAAAGAAGCUGUUAUAGCAGCAGCUAAUGAAGUUUGCUAGGGUUCUUCAAGUUCGGGGCCCAUGAAACACGAGAAAACUUCAGUUGUUCGUGUUCAAUAGCAUCGUUAACGAUUCAAAAAACAAUAAAACGAAGAACGGAGAGAUCGGUAGUUCGUGAAUUAUUGAAUCUUCGUGAAUUUUGUAUCGAUACUCAAAGAACGUUUUUUAGAUUUAUAAUUUCGUGUGUUUGAUCAUUUGACGAGAUGUUUUGAGCGAUGAAUUUGUUCGGGAUUGGUUUUUCGUUUCAAAUAAAUUGUCGGUUUUGCGGAAACGCCAAAA